CGGCCCGGAGAAUAUCUGAUUUACUUUUUUUUUUUUUUUUUGUACUUGAUGCCCUUCCCUGCUUUACCUUCAUAUCGUCCAGAUAGGACCAAGGAAUCUAGACAGAACUAUUUUGUGAUGGUCAAAUUCGGAUAUCUACUUGUUCAGAGUUCAGACUGCCCGUUUCGAUGACCAUUCUAAUGUCAACAUUUCGUCCAUUUACCGCCCCUUUCGUUUGCGUUGGAGAAAUAAUCCAGGCAUAAUGGGUACACAACGGGAAUAACGACAUACAUGAUCAGUGAGACCUUGGCCCGUCGGCCAAUGCGCGCCGGUCAAUGCUUCCGGGUCUCGUUCUCAGCGGCUUCAACACCUAGCAAGCUGCAGGCGGCAAACAUGGAUCCUCGGCAGCAGUUUGCAUAAUGCGGAUAAGCUCCCUGAACCCAAACCGUAUAAGGUACCACAGACUUGCGAUGGCAAAACUCACUCACCUCUGUCGUUCGUCAUGCAUUUUCUUUCUUUCUUUCUUUUUAUUUUCUCAUCAUCUCUUCGCGUCUCAUCCAAAGCAGACAGACCAGUCUUCUCAGGCCGGUCUAGAUUAAAUUUUCUUUGUUCGGCCUUGGCUUUUUUUUACCCAUUUGCCUUCAAGAAUGUAGCCAUUUCGGGUCAGCUCAUGCAGUGCCAUGCUAUGCGGCGUCACCAUGGUGGGAACACACCUUACAGCCCAGAUAUAAAAUCUGUUGGACUAUUGGAUAGCUGUGGGUUGCCUUCCCUUCAGCUGCCCAAUGACUCGAUCUUUGGGCUAGACUUGCCAUACUUCCAUUUUGAGGGACCGCACUACAACAUGAUGCUUGUAUGUUGCCAGGUGAAAAAAAAAGUAAAAUGGAAAGCAAAAGAGGAUAAGGGCUGAUGUGAUCAGGCCUCUUUUUUCUCCCUCAACUGAUGACUCUUGGGAUGACUGGCUCCGAACCGACUGCGGCCUGGUCCUCACAGCCAUGUUGAUAACUGAGGCAACACAAGUCGUUCAGACGAUGCAGGUCGACGACUCGGUGGCAACGGCAGUAGCUAUACAUUUCUACUAUUUUCGUCUAUUCUUACAGCUGAGUUUUUUUUAUUAUUUGCAAACAAGUCGUCUGCAAAUCUGUAAACUAAACUCACUCUCCAAACUAGAGCCACAGUCCCCCCACAGAAUCUCCGCGUCGGUUAUUGCAGCACUCAUACUCAUGUCCAAGUUCCCACAUGCAUCCAUUCGAUCUUUCUUACGCUCCGCACGUUCAUUAUUGGUUGUAUCCGGGGAUCACUAUCCGCCAACUGCCCUGGCCCAUGGUAACGGUAGACCAGACCCCCAGAUCUCGGUCAUGGAGUUGGUGUUGGCCCCCUGGUGGCAGCAUGCCACCACCACGUGCGUUAGCCUUGUCGCUGACGCUUCGAUAUGGCCCGAGUACGUAUAAGGCUGUACGCACAACCUCGCCACCCUCCUUCAACUGGCCUAUGCGAGUCCUUUCUGCUUCUUGUUCUCUACUAGUCUAGCGGGUCGCUGCUGGUCAACGGCGUCUUUGUCUAUCACACACUAGCGAUGCCGUUAAGAUGGCCCGUAUAGGAAGUCACCCCAUACUGGGAUUGGUCUUCGGUAUACUACUCUGUCCCGCCGCCAUCGUCGGCUUAUCAUCCUCGUCACACUCUUCCACACAAAACGCUGCAUUCUUGGAGCAAGCAGCGGCAGCAGCACCACCACCAUGUGACGACAAAGAUCACUGGAUGGGACUGGGAGUUGUGCAACCGUCGAUUCCCGGAACCCCGGCGUUCACACUAAACAUAACAGGCAACCAAAAUCAGAUCCAGCUUUCACGUCGAGAUUGUCUAUCAAACGGGACAAACUUUUGUUUUGGAAAUAACGUCAACUAUUGUGGAGGGUGUGGUGUCUGCUGCGCGGAUUCUGCCAACAAGUGGUGCUGUGGUGCGGAUGGAAUUUGUUGCGGAAAGUCAUGCUGUGGGAAAGGACAGUCAUGUCGACAGGGACAAUGCAUCGGCCACCCGAGCAAAACUACCACCAUCGUUAGCACAGUCCAUACCACCCUAACCCGUAUAGUUACCAAGAUCGAUACGGUUAUCAUUGCCGUGAUAUCGACAUCCUUCGUCGACACCGUCGUAACAUUGACCGAGUCGAAGCCAGGGGCGACUUAUACCGAUAUUGUAUAUGUCACUACAACAGUACUGGCUGAGGGGUCAGAGCCUACGCCCCCCAGCAACCAGUUGCGAGAUGCCUCACAAGAAGACGACGCAAGUAGCAGCAAUGCAUCGCGGCUUAGUCCCGGCUCUCUAGCUUCACCGGGCGGUCAAAAGCUUGACAAUAGCCCAGCAAAGGCACAAACUGUUGUUGCACCCGCAGUUGCUCGCCGGCAAGAACAAAGCAGGCCACCUGCAACAUCAGUGUUAUUCUCGACCGUGACUACGAUGAGCAUCAUUACUGAGUUGGAUGAGGUUGUUUCAACCAUAUCCUCCACGACCACAAUCAGUUCAAUUUCUGUGGUCGUAGCAGAGGUGCCGAGGACGCGCACUCAGGAGGUCGAUGCCAUCACAACCAUCGUCACAACCGAGACUCAGACGAUCACAUCCCGUCCCGCCGUCACAACCACACUGAUUUUGCCAGGUUCAAACCCCAGCUCAAGUGUCCCCCCUCCUGUCAUCAUAACUACAACGGCUGCUCCACCGACACAGACGAGCCUUGUCCCACCAGACCCGGCUCCGACUCAGAACCAGGGGAAUUCAGGAAACCGGGGACCGCCACUCUCCACGGCAGCAAUUGCUGGGAUAGCCGCAGGAUCGGCAGGUUUCGCAGCCUUGGUCGCCAUAGCUAUAUACGUUUUUUUCCUACUCAGGGCUAGGAGAGCACGGAAGCUUCAGGAAUGGGAAGACCACUUGACUGGUCUUAGUAUCCCUAGGGUUGUUUACGGCGGAGAGAUACGUCAACCCCGGCUUCCAAAUAUGGGCCAACCAGUGACUCAAGCUCGGUUUGCCCCGGCCGUGUUCGCGGCCACACACCAUGAGCGAGGCAGUCCGAGAAGGCAAAGUGCCUUCCUCAGCACGUCAAGCACGGAUCGGUCCAUCAACAGCAACGGCGGGCUCGCUCGCGCUGCCACAUUUGCCGGGAAGCCGAGCCACCGGAGCAGCGAGACGACGAGUAUCCAUACCGUCAUCCCCAACGUGGCGGAACUGGGAGAUACGAGCCGCGUCGAGAUGUCUGGCGGCGAGGGCUGGCCGAUGAGGACUGAGGUCGACCACGGCCCGACCGAUCCUAUGUCCUCGAGCCCUCCCGGAGCUAUGUUGGCGCCUUCACCAAUGUCGCCUGAUAUUAUGGACACGCCACUGGCCUUGCCGCCGCGUGUGAGGAGAUAUUCUAACUACAGAGACUAUUAGGACCUACAAAAGAAAAAGAGAGAAAAAAAAAAACAGGCAGAAAGACCAAAGAAAAAACAGAAAAGAGAGAAAAGAAAAGAAGAAAAAAACAGGCCC